AUGAAUGGAGAGAAUGAAUGUGUCAUCUGUUUAGGCGAUAUGAGUGCCGACGUCUAUCAACUAAAUUGUGGCCACAGAUAUCAUUUCGAUUGUAUCGGUCAGUGGUUUAUUACAACACCCAAUUGUCCCAUUUGUCGUCAGGCAAUCACUACGCCCACACUCAUCGCCUAUUGGGGCCGACAAUGUUUAACUCCCAUUCGCUUAUAUCUAAAUGAGUUGAGGACAGGGAACCCGACCGCCAAUUUGAUUAGUUGGUCGACACCCCAAUUGGCUUUGCAGGUCCAUCCGAGUUCUCCCACACCAUUGGCCGCAAAUUUGGUAAGCAAUCAAACGGUUGCAAAUGAGCCCAACCGCACGGCACCGGUCGGUAUGGAGCCCAACGCUUCCGUGAUUUCUGGGCCGACUGUCCGCACACAACAAGCGAAUGGCAGUCAGCGAAGCGCUGCAACUCGUCCUGAAUUUUGCUGGAAUUACGAGUAUAUAAGAAGACACCGACCCAUGCCUUAUGUCCCACAUUCGCAUCCCAAGCCCUGGAGUUAUUGA